AGAGUAUACGAGAGAGAAAGGAGUCAAUGGCAUCUACAUCGUGGGUUGGCCUCUCAUGGCUGUCGAAUCUCUCACCUGGACCCUCUUCGAGCCCAUGCCCAUCUAAUUCUUCUCCUCGUCGCAUCUCUUCCCAGAUAAACAUGGCAGUCUCAGUCGAGAAAAAGAAGUUCACGCUUCAGAAAUCCGAAGAAAUAUUUAAUGCUGCCAAGGAUUUGAUGCCUGGCGGAGUGAAUUCCCCUGUCCGUGCCUUUAAAUCAGUUGGUGGGCAACCAAUCGUGAUCGACUCUGUGAAAGGCUCUCACAUGUGGGAUGUUGAUGGCAAUGAGUACAUUGAUUAUGUUGGUUCAUGGGGCCCUGCAAUCAUAGGUCAUGCCGAUGACAAGGUUCUUGCAGCCCUAGCUGAGACAAUGAUGAAGGGCACAAGCUUCGGUGCACCAUGUGUUCUAGAGAAUGUGCUGGCUGAGUUGGUGAUCUCAGCUGUUCCAAGUAUUGAGAUGGUCCGAUUCGUGAACUCAGGUACAGAAGCCUGCAUGGGUGUGCUCCGCCUGGCCCGUGCCUUCACUAGCCGUCCAAAGGUUAUUAAGUUUGAGGGUUGCUACCAUGGCCAUGCUGACCCUUUCCUGGUCAAGGCUGGCAGUGGGGUUGCCACCCUUGGACUCCCAGACUCCCCUGGAGUCCCCAGAGCUGCCACCAUUGACACCCUUACAUCUCCCUUCAAUGACAUCUCAACUGUGGAGAACCUCUUUGAGACACACACAGGAGAGAUUGCUGCUGUAAUUCUCGAACCAGUUGUUGGAAAUUCUGGCUUUAUAGAACCCAAACCUGGCUUCCUAAAUGCUCUUCGCCAAAUUACAAAAGAAAACGGUGCUCUCCUCAUCUUUGACGAGGUAAUGACUGGAUUCCGCUUGGCAUAUGGUGGAGCUCAGGAGUAUUUUGGAAUAACUCCUGAUCUUACAACUCUUGGGAAGAUUAUUGGUGGUGGCCUUCCGGUUGGUGCUUACGGGGGUAGAAGAGAGAUUAUGGAGAUGGUGGCACCAGCAGGACCCAUGUACCAGGCUGGGACAUUGAGUGGGAACCCAUUGGCAAUGACGGCUGGCAUCCAAACGCUCAAGCGGUUGACGGAGCCGGGUAGUUAUCAGUACUUGGAUAAGAUCACUGGAGAGCUCAUUCAGGGGAUUUUAGAUGCUGGAAAGAGGGCUGGGCACCAGAUGUGUGGCAGUUAUAUUAGUGGGAUGUUUGGUUUCUUCUUCACAGAAGGGCCCGUUUAUAGUUUUGGGGAUGCAAAAAAGAGUGACACCACGAAGUUUGCAAGGUUUUUUAGAGGAAUGUUGGAGGAGGGCGUGUACUUGGCACCUUCACAGUAUGAAGCUGGGUUCACGAGCUUGGCUCAUACUAAGGAAGACAUCCAAAAUACAAUAGAAGCAGCUGAGAGGGUCUUUCAGCAGCUUUAGAUGUUUGUUUCUGUAUGUUAUCAUUUUGAUUAUCUAGCGUUGGAUUGUCAUUUGGUAUUUGGAACGAGGUUGUUUUGUAGGUGUUCCUAUCAUUUAACUUUUUUGUAUCAUGAGGUGAUUCCUUGUAAA